AGAACCAGAAGGAUCGCAGAGAAACGGGCGCAGUGCGACCCCAGACCUAGACGACCCUCAUGUCUAUUACGGCGACUUCACUCCAGCCCCGUCACAUGACAUAGCACCAUCAUGUGACCGGUCCUGUGAUAAAAACGACACCGCCGACCCGGAAGUUACGUAGACUCUCGCGAGAUCCGGUCCUUUACACAUGGCGGCCGUGUGAGGAGUACACGCGUGGUUACGGAGCAGAGAGGAUAUAACGUGGAGCCGCCGGGAUGCAGCACGACGAUGUUAUCUGGGAUGUUGUGGGAAAUAAACAGUUUUGCUCCUUCAAGAUAAAGACAAAGACUCAGAACUUCUGCCGGAAUGAAUACAACAUCACCGGUCAGUGCACGCGCUCCGCCUGUCCGCUCGCCAACAGUCAGUACGCCACCAUUAAAGAAGAGAAAGGUAUCUGCUACUUGUACACGAAGACGAUAGAGAGAGCGGCAUUUCCAGCACGCCUGUGGGAGAGGGUCCGUCUGAGCAAGAACUACGAGCAGGCUCUGGAGCAGAUCGACGAAAACCUGAUCUACUGGCCCCGAUUCAUCAGACACAAGUGCAAGCAGAGGUUCACCAAGAUCACCCAGUACCUGAUCCGGAUCCGGAAACUCACACUCAAGAGACAGCGUAAAAUCGUCCCGCUGAGCAGGAAGGUGGAAAGGAGAGAAAAGAGGAGAGAGGAAAAAGCCCUGGUGGCCGCUCAGCUGGACAAUGCCAUCGAGAAGGAACUGCUGGAGCGUCUGAAACAAGGAGCGUAUGGAGAUAUCUAUAACUUCCCUAUUCAUGCCUUUGACAAAGCUUUGGAACAGCAGGAAGAAGCCAGCGAGUCAGAAGAAGAGGAGGAUGAGGAGGAGGAGGAAGAAGAUGAUGAAGAGAGCGGUAAAAGAGAAUUUGUGGAAGAUGAAGAUGUAGAUGAAAGUGACCUGAGCGAUUUUGAGGAUAUGGAUAAGCUGGGCAGUGAUGUGGAGAAAGAAUCCAGUGCGGAGGAGUCUUCAGAGGACGAGGAAGAAGUAGAAAAAGAAAACACCUCAAAAGGAAAAUCCAAGGGCAAGACGCCUCUGAAAGGACCCGCCAUAAGAAAGAGAGCUUAUGUGGAGAUAGAGUACGAGCAAGAGACUGAGCCACAACACAAGGCCAAAGCCACUUGAUGGAGGACGAGAUCAGAACAUUACUGAACUGUUUUGUCUUUUUUUUUUCAAUAAAUCCAUUUUCCGGUGAUUAUUCAGCUUUACCCGAUCGUCUUCAGUAUUACUGAAUUUUACUGUAAAGCCAUAAGUGAUCUGAAGAGGAUUGCACUCCGUUCUGAGUUUCUGGCUGUAAAGAAUUUUGGAACUUUAAAGAAGACUAUUGUUAGAGGAUGAAGAGGUGCCCAUCUGGUAGAAUAAUUUGUAUUUGUAUCAACAACAUACGAUGGUAAUCCGCUCCAAAUGAACCAUCGUAUGUUGAGGGAUCCGUGCAAUGUAAAGUAUAGGAAGUUAUACUCCCCUGUCCCCGCCGCUCCGGAACGUCUCUGCUGCCAGGUACGUCGCUCUCACGUCACUACGCACGCCGCUCCUAUUGGAUGAUGGGACGGCGUGCGCGGCGACGUGAUGACUAUGAUGGAGAGCGCUGGCGAUGGAGGGGAUCCCAAAGAGGAUGCUCCGGAGCACCGAGCACACGGGGCACCGUAAACUGCUAUCCGGCACCAGCUGAAGCAGUCUGCGCUGCCGGAUAGCCGUUUAUGCAAUGGCCCCGACAUACAAAAGCAUUGUAUGUUGAUGCUGCCUUAAACAUGCUAUGGCCUCUGAGAGGCCAUCGCAUGUUGAAAUUAUCGUAUGUUGGGGGGGGGGGGGGGGGGGUCAGUGUAUAUUAUAUUACACCUAUUUGUAGGACUGUUGAUAAGUGCCUAUGAGAGGGGUCCAGCUGUUGGGACCCCACAGAAACAGUCACCCUGGUUAAAUGAAGCAUUGGUCAGAUAUAAGCACUGCUGCACCAUUUAUCUCUUUGGAAUAGGACAUAAGGCCACGAUAUGCCUUCAUAAGGCAGCCCCUGUAGUUAGCAAGGAGGAUGUCAGAAACAGAAGAGCCUGUAGGCGCACAUCAUUUUAUGACAAGUUUAUUUGGUUCCAUUGCUGUCGCUCGCAGUCACUCGGUUGAUGCAUUUUAGCAGGAGAGGCUCAUUGCACACUAAUGGGAUGCCUUGCAGCGCAGUCUGAAAUACAAGAAAAGCAACAUUUAAUUCAGGUCUGUGCUAUGUUAGAAAAAAUCCUGCUAAAACUCUAUCUUAAUGCAAUUUGUUCAAAAACCAUUGGUAAAUUUACUAUAAAGGCUUUCACAUCGGU